UAGAUACAAUUCAGUUUUAUGCAUCUACGUCAUAUGCUUUUUCAUUCUGCAAGUGGUUUGUGUGGAAUAAUUUACUACUAAGACACCAAAGAUUAUUGCCGACUUACCAAAACGAGGCUUGUGCACGAGGACCGCGAAGGUGGGCUGAUGCUGACUGGACAGUGGUGACUAUACUGGAAGGGAUCAUGAACAGCAUGAAGUUGUCGAACCUGGUAAUAGUACCAUUCCUUUUGGAAUAUUUGCUGGUUAACGCUGCGACCCUUUGCAACUUCGUAGGAGAAACAGUGCCGAAAGUACAGCCGGACGGGUUAACGAAGUGUGUCUGUGACACAUCACGACACUACUGUGGACAGAGAGAGGAUGCGUGUUCCUUUGUACAGUGUGAUGGAAACAAGAUUUUGUUACAAUCAUGUGGGUGUGUAUGUGCGCCAAACUAUGUAGAAUCCAUAAAUGGAAUGUGCAUUCCGGUCCCACCACCAAGGGAUCCUGUCAGAUGUGAAGGUGGAGAGGUUGUCCUUCCGAACGGUCAGUGUGGUCUUCCACCUACGACAGAAGUAGUAACCACCACGACAACUAGUCCUCCAGUUCAGCCAAAUCCACCUGAAGUGAAUGCAAGCCAUAUCACAUCCACCUACGUUAUUCUUGAUGUUAAAGUAGAGUCGCUAGACGGUAGUAUCAGCUCCGGAACUAUAGCCGUGUGGCUUUAUAAACCGCUCAACGAAUCCCUGCUGCGAUAUCUGGAGCAUAACAUCGAAACUAAGGGUAAUAGCACGGAAAUUCGCCUCCCGGACCUGACCCCAAGUACAACAUACAAGGUUGAAGUAAGAACGAUACUAUAUGAGGCCAAGGCUAGUGACGCUCGAAUCCUAGCAAUACACACGAAAGCUGGUGGAAACGAGAUGUUAACAGUUUCUCAACCCAACUCCUCAAAACCUUUGUAUAUAUAUAUAGGUGUUCCGAUAUUGGUAGCUUUGGUGGUAUGCCUUCCAAUCAUUAUUAUUGGACUAGUUCUGCGUAGAAGAGGAAGCAAUUGCGGAAUAGCAACUCCGAGUCAUGACGGUCUGCCUGCUCCUGUUGCCAGCACUAAUGAACGUGACAGAGAUGCAGAACGCGGCAAUGAGUUAGACGCCGUUGUUUUUGGUAGAAGAGGAAGCAAUUCCGGAACAACAACUCUGAGUCGUGACGAUUCUAAUAAUCAAAAUAACGACAGUCUUCAUAUAUAUCCACGUCUUUCACAACAAGACCAAAUUACUGCACGUGACGUUAAAGGUCCUGAUGAAACAAGGCCAUUAAAACGUGACUUUGAGUCGCAAUCCAACGGUACUGAAAGUGACAGUAAAGAUCCUGAUGAAACAAAGCCAUUAAAACCUCACCUUGAUUUGAGAUCCAGCGGUAGAAGAUAUGGUGGUAAUGGAAAGUCUCGGGAAAUGGAUAUAUUGGGGAAGUCGUUAAUUAGCAAUUUUUCCAGUAGUACUGUUGAUGAAGAGACCUAUCCGUUGAAAGUUGGUAGGGAGACAGCCGUCGAUGGUUCGUACACUCCAUAUGACAUUACUUGCAGUCGUUCCUAUGAAGGACUCUUGAACCGAGAUCAAAGCCACAACGGGGAAAUGAUUAACCAGCCUAACACGGAGGAUUACAACUGCAGACAGGUUUUAAGCAAUCAGUGUGACUCGCGAUCAAUACCACAAGACGCCAUCCGAAGAGAACGUCGGCUGUAUCAUGCAUCCUACAACAGGAGCACACAACAGAUAGAAUACCCUCAAAGCAUCAAUAGUCUCCAGAGACCUGGUGCAACACAACCUACCAGCAAUACUAUCCGGUAGCAGUUAGAUUAAUUGGUUGAAUUGAUUGAAGAUUGAAGACGUUGAUCUCGUUUAUUCUACACUGUGAUUCCUGGACCAAGUAUCAAUGUACACGCCAGGGUGAGAGACCAGUGUGUUCACUGCCAUCAGAUAGCGAAGUCAAACCCUAUGCAGCCCCCAUCUGACACAACUCCUCCAGAUAUCCCAUUUCAGAUGAUUUGCAGCGACUACUUCACAUAUAACAAUAAAGACUAUGUAGUUAUUGUUGACGGGUAUUCAAACUGGCCAAUGGUAUAUAAGUCAGAAUCAGGUGCAGAGGGACUUGUUAAGCGACUUCGUGAGACGUUUGUGACAUUUGGCAUCCCAGAAGAUUUGACGUCCGAUGGAGGCCCACAGUUCACAGCGGGAAAGACUCAAGAGUUUUUAAAGGCCUGGGGGGUUCGUCAUAGGCUUUCAACAUUAUUCUUAAUUUGUUUGAAGUUUUCUUCGUAUACUCUCUAAAAAACUUGUCCCCGGGGAGGAGAUAACUAAUCAUUUACUAUUGAACUGUGUAUAUACACAUUUCAGGUAUCAGUCACUCUUAUGAUUAAAGAUAUAAAACUAG